AUGAAUAGAAUCAAAUUGAACAGUCUCUAACAAAAGGUACAUGAAGCGAUAAUAAUGUAGGUGAUUCCAGUCAUAAGGGAUGGGUUGAAUACAAUUAUAUCAACUCCUAGUGGAACAGGAAAGACUCUUUGUUACUCAAUUCCAAUUAUUGAAUAGAAAAGAUCAAUCGUUCUCACUCCAACAAAAGAGUUGUCAAUCUAAACUUAUAAGACUAUAAGGGAAUUGGAUCCUAAUAUCAGAGUAAGCAGAAUAGGGUCUAUCGGAUUGAUUGCUCCAAUAGUUGAAAUGAUUAGCGAUUUAGAAGCAAAAAAAUUAUAGAAUUAUGCAAAGGAAAGAUUACAAAGAAUGAAUGAUUCUUUGAGAGGCUAAUUAAAUUGGGAUUUGGUUGAUAUUUGUAUAUCCACUCCAGGUUAACUAGCUCAAUUAGUAAAAUUAGGGUGUAGGAUCCAAGAAGUAAAUUGUUUAGUAAUAGACGAGGCAGAUUUAACUUGGGGGGAUGUAAGUUUUCGAGAGAGUAUUUACACUAUAUAAAGAUAUCUGAAUAUAAAUUAAUUUGUGCUUUGCAAUUCAGUCAACACAAUUAAGGAUGAGAAGGAGAUGAAAACUGUUGAUGGCAGCAAAUUCACUUCUUAUAUUUCUAAAGAUUACAUGUAAAUACCAAAAAGGAAAAUAGAAUUUAUGGAUAAACCUCUUCAAGAAUAUUUAGACAACCAGAAAACAAUUAUAUUUGUAGAUGGUGAGAAAGAGUGUUAGGAAGUUUAAAAAAUUGUUGGACCUAGUAAGUGUUUCAAUUCUGGAUAAUCAGUAGAGGAAAGAAUUAGAAAUGUAGAAGAAUUUAGAAAAAAUGAAUGGAAAACUUUAAUAUGUACAGGUCUCGGAAGUAGAGGAUUAGACUUUCCAGAUGUCACUUAAAUUAUUAUGUAUGAUCUUCCAAGAAAUUUUGAGGCAUUUCUUCUUUAGUGUGGGAGAUUAAGAUAGGAGAAUGGAAGAAUUAUUGUGAGAUUGAAGGACUCGUUUGAAUCAGCAAUUUAUAGUGAAUAUGAGAGAUACAAAUAUGUAUUCCCGAACAGUUGUGUAAAAUUGUGA